GUAUGACUAGAUAUUUACAUAAGAAAACAUUGCAGAGCAUUAGAUAUCAACCAUCAAAAGGGUACUAUGCUUGUAUCCUGAGCAAUUGCUGACACAUCCAAAUGUUAAACAAACAAUUAGUUUUUUACCUUGAUAAUCCUGACACACGACCGAUGUCGGUUGUCCGACGUUCGAUGUCUCCUUAUGUAGUAAGCCUCAAAGGCAGUUGUUCGUGGUACUAAAUUUCUUGCAAAACAAUCAACUGCUUAUAGUGCAUACGUACUCUAGAAUUUCAAGUACUUUACGAAUACUUACCAUAUAUUAUAAACAACAUUAAUCGCCGUGUAUUUAUGAAAACCGUUUACUUAAAAAUCAUAAAAUAAAAAUGUUUCAUCACUACAGAUUAUAUAAAUAUAUUUCUGAAAACAAUCUAGAAUUAUUGCUAGAAUAUCUAUAAAAGAUUUAUUAUCUGAAGAAUUUGUACAUUUUUGCAUUAUCCGAAUAUUUUUUUCGACCAAUUUCAAUUAUACAAGCUUUAAAAAUUGACGUGACUGUUUUUAUUCAAAUAAUUUGUGAAUGAUCAUCUUAUGAUUUAUGACAACAGACGCGCACUGUUAUCAAUAAAGUAUUUACUAUAUACGUCUAAUCUAUUUAAAAAGUAUUUAAACACGCAUUAAAUUCUACAGGAAUAUAUAAUAAUAAAUUAUUAAAUGAAUGACAUUGCUUGGAACGCUUCAGCAUUUCACUUAUUUCUCAUCAAUUCUCAAUUACAUUAUUUCAUAUGCGUAUCAAAAUACUAUAAAAUUGAAAAUAAAGCGUUUAGUCUAAUUAACAUCUACAAAUAAAAACGUAAAAUAUAAUUUUUUGAAAUUCCGUCUCCUGCUUCACAAUGAGUAUACACAGUAAAGAAUGAAGUAUAACUUGAUUGCCAUUUCAGGAUAAAUAAGCCCCUUUAAUGACUAUGUGGAAACACGUCUUACCAUAUUCAGAAGUAUAUAUAUUUAAACAAGAAACGUGCUCACACAAAAAUUUCACUUUUCGUGCACAUAAUGUAACAACUGCAAGUCUUAAUUUAAAAUUUUAUUUUCGGUAUUUUAUUUUCUUUGCAUAUAUACGCGCAUUGAUUUUAUACCAAUUCAUAUAUUUUAUAACGUGAUAUUUAUCCAGCUAACGCCAACAUAUUUUUAGAAACUGUUUAAAUAAACUGUAUUGACACAAAAAAAGUUGGUUCAUAAUAUCAAGGAAGCUAAUUGUUGCAUUAUUGCGAAAUUUACAUUUUUUUAUAGGAAAUUAUAUUCACGUUCAAAUUUUAUCGCGCGCUAAAGAUGAACAAUUAGCUUUCAAACAUAACCUUUAAAAAAUACUUUGAUCUCGUUGCAAUUAUCAUUGCGGCAGCAAAUAGUGCUAAUGAUAUUUACAUGAUUUGGAUAAGAUUUUUAAUUAUUUACAUGAUUACGUUUUAAAUAAUUCAUUUUUUGACGCUAGUUAAGCUAAAAUAAUUUAUGUUUCCAAAAGUUUGAAGUCCUCUUACAUGCGCUUUUUUUGAAGAAAUCACGUUUUAAACUCUUAUCUAGCAUUGUUAUAAUUAUUCAGAUACAUUACGUACAGAUUACAAAUUCAUUCGUUUAUGCAUAUUUUAGUAUGGACUUCAUGGUAAGAAGAUUGAUUAGAAUGUCGAUGACAUUCAGAAAUUUAGCUUUUGCACAAGUUCAACGAGUUAUAUUACCAAGAUUGUUUAAUACAUCAGGAUUUCAUAAAGGUAAUAAAUUUACUAAUCAAAAUAUUGAAAUUAUUCUAAUAUUUUUUUAUGCAGAUAGAGUAAGUGGGUACUAUGAUUUAAAAAGUCCAAAAGAAGAUUUAUUGCUCAAGACCUUGCAGCAAGGUCUAUGUCCAUCCAAACUUUUAAACUAUAUUGAUUCUAAUAAACAUCAUAUCAAACAAGAACAUGUCAUUGCUGCCUUAUCUUCAUUGCACAAUUUUUAUGAAAACAAGUGCCGAUCACCAGAAAAAGUUCAUGAACAGAUAGAUUUUACAAAACUAUACAUGUGUUUCAAGCCACAAAUAAGACAAUUAACCUCAUCUGAUGUUAUUGAAGCAUUGAAAAUACUUCAGUUUUUAAAUGUGCCAAGUUCAAAUAUAUUUUUUGUAACACUUCUUCAGCAAAUACAAGAAUCCAUAAGAGAGUUAUCCUUUCAAGAAAUUUGUACAUUAUCAGAUUUGCUUACGAAAUGUACAGUAACAGAUUUAAGCCAAUCAAUAAUGAGAGAAAUGACAGAUUAUUUUUUAACAAAAAUAUCUCAAUUAGACAAAAGUGAUAUUAGUAAUUUAAUUUAUGCAUUAAGUUUUGCAUCUAAAAAUAUUCAAGAUACAGUAAUGCUCAAUUUUUUAUUAGACAGUAUUACUCACUGCAAAAGAAGAUUGGAAUGCAAAGAAGCUUACAAUACCUUAUGCUCUUUGUGUGAUGUCCAAGAACUUCCAUAUAGCUUUACAAAUUUAAUACAACGACUGCAGGAAGAUCUCAUUGACAAUAUAGACAAGCUUCAGCCUGACCAGAUCUUGUAUAUGGUCAAAGUAGUCUCAAUAAAAAUUAACACUGGCUGUGAAGAAUUUUAUAAUGAAAUAUUUAUUGAUGAACUUAUUGAUAAAAUUAUUUAUGAAAACUGCAAUUUUUAUCAAGUUAUUGAUGUACUCUCCCAUUUGAAUUCUAUUCAACAUGCACAAAUGGAUUUAUUAGAUUAUAUAUCUGCUCUAUGUUAUGAAGAUCCUAAUAUUCUGAAUUUAGAUUUAAAUUCAUUGCAGCCUAUAGUUACAGGAUUAGCAUUGGCUGACUACAAACCUGUUUUUUGGGACAUUAUGAAAGAAAAUAUUUUGAACAACGUUAUUUCUAAAGCAGAAAAUUUACAAAUGUGUUAUUUUGCAUUGCAUUUAGCUUGUUUGGAGUGUUUUAAUAAUACUCUUUUACAAGAAGUAUUUUCUAUGAAUAAUCUUUAUUCCAAAGACCAUACAAAAAUACUCUUGCAGUUAUAUCAAAUGGUAAAAGUUUUGUAUCCUUCUUACAAAGGACCAUGGCCAUCCAAAGAUGUACUUGUAGCUUUUAAAACUGUACAACACAACGACAAUAAAGAUUAUCCACUUUUAUCUGCCUUAGAACAAGCCGUUGGAGGGAAUGCUUAUAUCAAAACUAAUGUUCGGACAACUUUAGAACACUGUAUUGACCAUAUGGUUAUUAUGAAUAAGAGUGGCUGUCCAAUUGCAAUAAAUUCUUAUGAAACUAUUACAAAUAAAAUAUCUGAUAAUGAUAUUAUUUAUUUAGAAGAUUUAACUAUUCCUCCGGGUAGCCAAAUAUUUCUAAUUCUCAAUGCACGACCUGAAUGGUAUACUAGAAAUACACAGCGAAUACUAGGCCCUUACUCACUAUUUAUCAAAACCUUGGAAUCUAUGUCAUAUAGAGUAAUACCUGUAGAUUGUAAAAUGUGGAAUAAACUACCAGAAAAUGAAAAGACUUCCUACUUAGUACAGGCUAUCAAACUUAAAUUUAAAGAUGAUUGAUUGUGAAAUACCUAAUAAGACUAUAAAGUAGACUACAAAUUGAAACUUGUAUCAGAAUGAAAGUUACUGUAAAUACUAUUUUUAAGAUAGUUGUAUAUAACUAAAAAAAUUGAAAACUACUGUUAAUUUUUUUGUAUAAAAUUAUUACAAAGUUUUUAAGAUAUUUUAUAAAAAUGAA